ACGAGCUCAACAUGAAAUUCCUUACGUCAUUGAUCUUUGUUUCCUUUGCUGUUUCUGCCGUGAUGGCCAAACCUUCCUCCAAACUCGAGUGCAGCAUUGAUAACUUGUCGAGUUGCAAGACAGAUGCCGAAAUUGCCACUGCUAUGGGUAUCACAGAAGCCGACGUUCGUCAAAGACAAGAUGCUUGUGGCGGACACUGCAUUACAGAGGCUUGCCCUUGGAAUUGUUAAGUGGCAAUAAUGCAAAACUAAAGGAUCCAAGUAAAGAUAGUGAUUCCUUUCAGUGCCCAUGUUUUCCCAUUGCCUUGUUACAUGGAUAAUAAGAAUAAAAGCAAGGCUCUCUUAUGUUG